GCGGCGGCGGCGGCGGCGGCGGAGGAGGAGGAGGAGGACGCGGACCGGCGGGCGACAGCGGCGGCGGGAGAGCCGCGGGCAGCUCACGCGGAGCUCGCGGGCCGGGAUGAGGGGCAGCCGGCUGGGCGGCGCCUUCCCGACUGAUGCUGGAGGGGACAUCCUGACGACCCUCUGAGACUGUCCCCGGGUCCUCAGGAGAAGACUGCAAUGUCCCAGGCACAGGAGUAUGAAUGCGAGAGCCACAAUGCCGCGGUGCAGGAGCCUCGGGUUCCAGGAUCCAGCACGAGGCUGGAGUGGGUGGAGAUCAUCGAGCCCCGCACCCGCGAGCGCAUGUACGCCAACCUGGUCACGGGCGAGUGCGUGUGGGACCCGCCGGCCGGCGUCCGCAUCAAGCGCACCAGUGAGAACCAGUGGUGGGAGCUCUUCGACCCCAACACGUCGCGCUUUUACUACUACAGCGCCACCACACAGCGCACCGUGUGGCACCGGCCACAGGGCUGCGACAUCAUCCCCCUGGCCAAGCUGCAGACCCUGAAGCAGAACACCGAGUCCCCUCGCGCCUCGGCGGACAACAGCCCCGGGCGCGGCAGCAGCGUCAGCCGCGACGGCAGCACCAGCUCCUCCCUGGAGCCGGAGCUGGAUGCCAGCGAGAAAGCUCAGGAGCCGCCUGGAAGAAGCCGGCAGGCUGCGUUUGCGGCUGUGAGGGAGGAGAGCGGCAGGUCUCCGCCACCAGGAGUCCUUGACAAGGACUAUGAGGGUUACCGGGGCCACACAGCAGACGGCCAGCUUCUUCACUACAGGACCUCCUCCCUCCGGUGGAACUCGGGCACCAAGGAGCGUGUGCUCAUCAAAGUUGCCGACAGGGAGCCCAGCUUCCUCUCCCCCCAGGGCAAUGGGUACCCCCUGGACAGCCAGCCUGGAGGCCGCUCCCGCAGACCCUCAGGUGGGCAGCAUUCGCCCAGCCUGCAGACAUUUGCUCCCGACACAGAUGGCCCCAUCUUCUUCCCAGAGCGGAGGCCAUCACCCUUCCUGAAGAGGGUUGAGCUGGGAAGCUGCUCCCCGCUGCUGGCCCAGCCCCGCAAGCCUGCCAGCGAUUCGCAGCCUUCCUCCCCGCGCUACGCCUAUGAACCCCCCCUGUACGAGGAGCCCCCCAUCGAGUACCAGGCCCCCAUCUACGACGAGCCCCCCAUGGACGUGCAGUAUGAGGCUAGCGGGGCCUGCCAGGCCGGCUCACCCCAGCGGUCUCCAGUCCGGAAGCCACUGGCCUUCCCUCAGUCGCCCAAGCAGGCCUCCGCCUCGCCCUUCCAGCAACUGGUGCUCACCCGGCAGAAGUGCCCGGAGCGCUUCCUGAGCCUGGAGUACAGCCCCGCUGGCAAGGAGUACGUGCGGCAGCUGGUGUACGUGGAGCAGGCCGGCUCGAGCCCCAGGCUGCGGGCAGGCCCCCGGCACAAGUACGCGCCCAACCCCAGCGGUGGCUCGCUCUCCCUGCAGCCUAGCCCCUGCCUGCUGCGGGACCAACGCCUGGGGGUCACAUCUGGGGACUACAGCAGCAUGGAGGGGCCCGAGCUGCGGCACGCCCUUCCGCCCACGCAGCUCCCCCAGGCUCAGGACGACGCCAUGUCCUGGUCCAGCCAGCAGGAUACCAUGUCCUCGACAGGCUACUCGCCUGGCACCCGCAAGAGGAAGAGCAGGAACCCCUCCCUGUGUCACGCCCCCAGCGCCUCGUCCACCGACAGCCCUGGGGACCGCGACCUGCUGGAGCAGUCCCUGGCCGAAGAGCGGCCCGCAUGUGGGCCCAGCCUGGCCCCAACGCGCCCCGAGGCCAAGGCCGGCGAGGCAGAUGGGGCGCGGGGUGGGGCUGAGCCCUUCCUGGCGCAUGCGCGGCUGGCCUGGGAGGCGCAGCAGGCCCACUUCCACAUGAAGCAGCGGGGCAGCUGGGACUCGCAGCAGGACGGCUCGGGCUACGAGAGCGAUGGGGCAGUGCCGCUCCCCAUGCCUGGGCCCGUGGUGCGUGCCUUCAGCGAGGAUGAGGCACUGGCCCAGCAGGAGAGCAAGCACUGGCAGAGGGGCGCCCUGGAGAGGCUUGCCUUCCCCCAGAUCCUGCUCGAGAAGAGCGUCUCUGUGCAGACCAACCUGGCCUCCCCGGAGCCCUACCUCCACCCCUCGCAGUCUGAGGACCUCGGCACCUGUGCCCAGUUUGAGAGCGGCCGACAGACCCGCAGCGUGAUGCCCAGCGCCAGCUGUGUGUUCCCGACGUUCACUCUGCGCAAGCCGUCCUCAGAGACGGACAUCGAAAACUGGGCCUCCAAGCACUUCAACAAGCACACGCAGGGCCUGUUCCGGCGCAAAGUGUCCAUCGCCAACAUGCUGGCCUGGAGCAGCGAGCCCAUCAAGAAGCCCAUGAUCGUGACCAGCGACCGCCACGUGAAGAAGGAAGCCUGCGAGAUCUUUAAGCUCAUCCAGAUGUACAUGGGUGACCGGCGCGCCAAAGCGGACCCGCUGCACGUGGCCCUGGAGAUCGCCACCAAGGGCUGGAGCGUGCAGGGCCUGCGAGACGAGCUCUACAUCCAGCUGUGCCGGCAGACCACCGAGAACUUCCGCCUGGAGAGCCUGGCCCGUGGCUGGGAGCUCAUGGCCAUCUGCCUGGCCUUCUUCCCACCCACGCCGAAGUUCCACUCCUACCUGGAGGGCUACAUCUACCGACACAUGGACCCGGUCAACGACACCAAAGUGACACAGCACAUGAAAGAGCUCCUGGAAAGGAACACUAAGAAGAAGUCCAAGUUGAGAAAGAAACCCAAGCCCUAUGUUGAGCAGCCGGAUGGGGUAGCGAUCAGCACGUAUGCCAAGUACUGCUACCACAAGCUGCAGAAGGCGGCCCUGACUGGGGCCAAGAAGGGGCUGAGGAAGCCCAACGUGGAGGAGAUCCGGCAUGCCAAGAACGCCGUGUUCAGCCCGUCCAUGUUCGGCAGCGCACUGCAGGACAUCAUGAACAUGCAGAAGGAGCGCUACCCCGACCGCCAGCUGCCCUGGGUGCAGACGCGGCUGUCUGAGGAGGUGCUGGCACUGAACGGCGACCAGACGGAAGGCAUCUUCAGAGUUCCUGGGGACAUUGAUGAAGUGAACGCCCUGAAACUACAGGUGGACCAGUGGAAGGUUCCUACAGGCCUGGAGGACCCCCAUGUCCCUGCGUCGCUGCUGAAGCUGUGGUACCGGGAGCUGGAGGAGCCCCUGAUCCCGCACGAGUUCUACGAGCAGUGCAUCGCGCACUAUGAGAGCCCCGAGGCCGCCGUGGCCGUGGUGCACGCGCUGCCGCGUAUCAAUCGCCUGGUGCUGUGCUACCUCAUCCGCUUUCUCCAGGUGUUCGUGCAGCCCGCCAACGUGGCCAUCACCAAAAUGGACGUCAGCAACCUGGCCAUGGUGAUGGCGCCCAACUGCCUGCGCUGCCGAUCGGACGACCCGCGUGUCAUCUUCGAGAACACUCGCAAGGAGAUGUCAUUCCUGCGCGUGCUCAUCCAGCACCUGGACACCAGCUUCAUGGAGGGCGUGCUAUAGCACGUGGGCCGAGGGACCGAGGGUGGGGACAGAGCCGAAGCUCGGGUGCGCCCGGGCAGGGGAGCACGCGGGGAGGGGGGAGGGAACGCCCCAGCCGCGGAGGUAGCAUGCCAGGCUCCGCCCAUGCCCGCCCCAGCCCUGGAACCCCCCAUCUCCCCCACCCAGGCCUUCGGCCUGAGGGCGCAGCCAGGGCAGAGGGGCUACAGGAAGGGUGCCUCUGGACCCCCGCCUCGUGGCCAGUUCCGUGGGCAUUGCCUCCCCACCGCCGGCCGUAGGUCAGCCCCGAGAAAGUGCCUUCUGUUUCCUGGAGCCAAGUGACACUGCCCCUCCCGGGCACCCGAGAGCACACGCCAACCUCCCCAGGGUGAGCUGCCUCCCAGGGGCUCCUGCGCUCAGCCUGGCUCUGGCCUGGGCCCUGCCAGGCUGCCCAUCUCUCCCUCGGCCUCGCGGCCUGCAGCUUCCACCCUCUCCAGCCCCUGCCCUCCCAUUCCCCCGCCACCUGUGGCCUCCAUCGUAGUCACUGCACAGGAGUUUGGGGGCUCCAGGUCACUGGGCUGUCCUCCACCAGAGCCAGGCCCAGCUGGUCCAGGGCCCGGCGGACUAUCUGGGUGGGGAGGGGCCCCCAAACCAAAGUCCUCUGGGGGUCAGGGUUGGGCAGGCAUUCUUGGGGCAGGGUGGGGGAGGGGCGAGAGUAUUUUUUCUUGGUGUGACUAUAAAUUCAGAAUCUGUCCUGCACCCUAACCCGCCUGUGUAUAGACAUAUAAAUAGUGAAAGAUAUAAGAACUAAAUUUGCUAAUGACAUAGUUUUAACCCAAAUGCUAUUUAUCUCCGAGCCGUACUAGCCCGUCCUCUGUGCAGAGCGAGUUGCUAUCAUUCCUUUAUUUUCUUCUCCACUUUCUUGGCGUCCGACCAAAAACCGAACCUUGCUCCAUCCCCACUCAGGAACUGCAGCAGAUGAGCAGGAAGGAGCCGAGCUGGGGGGCCAGAGGGCGUCCAGGACUGCCCUUCCUGCAGGCCAGAACUGGGGGAGGGGGUACCAAGACUCUCAGUUUGUACAUUUUCCACUUUGGAAUUUUGAGUUCCAAUUAUAAAACUUAAUUUCUCCCCAGUUUUUAUAUAUAUAUAUUUUUUAGAGUUGAGUUUUUAUUUAUUAAAAAAAAAAAGCCCAGCCGUGCAGAGGCCCCAGGUGACCCUGGGGGUGCGUCCUAGUCAGGUGGUCUCAGGGCCUGGCCCAGGAAGGCCUGGCCACAGACUGACAGGUGACAACUCUUUGUGUGAAUAAAGUACAUAUGGAAACUUUCGA